CCCCCCACCACCAUACACCACCACCACCACCACCACCACCACCGUUGACACAGAGAGAGAGAGAGAGAUGGGUUCGCUUCCUCACGUUGUGGAAGAUUGCAUGGGCGUCCUCCAGGUCUUUAGCGACGGCUCCAUCUUCCGGGCCGACGAGAUCGACUUCCGGAACAUCUUUGUCGUCGAGAACAAGUCCAUUGUCCACAAGGACUACCUCUACGACAAGGAGCACGGCCUCUCCCUCCGCCUUUACCGACCCGCCUCCCCACCACCGCCGUCUGGUAAGCUCCCUAUCGUUUACUACCUCCAUGGCGGGGGGUUCUGCGUCGGGUCACGCCUGUGGCCCAACUGCCACAACUGCUGCACCCGCCUCGCGUCCGGCCUCGGGGCCCUGGUGAUCUCCCCAGACUACCGCCUCGCUCCUGAGCACCGGCUCCCGGCCCCCAUAGACGAUGCGCACAGUGCGCUGAAGUGGCUCCAGAGCAAGGCCAAGAGCGAGGACGUCGACGGGUGGCUGGAUCCCAAGGCGGCGGACUUUGGCCGGGUUUACAUAGUAGGGGACUCGUCCGGGGGGAACAUCGCACACCACCUGGCGGUCGACCUAGGGUUCCGCUCGCCGAAGCUGGCCCCAGUCCGGGUGCAAGGCUACGUGCUGCUUGCGCCCUUCUUCGGCGGGGUCGCCAGGACCAAGUCGGAAGAGGGACCAUGCGAAGGCCUGCUCAAUCUAGAGAUACUCGACAGGUUUUGGAGGCUAUCGGUGCCAAGUGGAGGAGACAGAGACCACCCAUUGGCCAACCCGUUUGGACCAUUAAGCCCUAGCCUGGAGGCGGCGGCCCUCGACCCCAUCUUGGUCAUGGUUGGUGGGAAUGAGAUGCUGAAAGAUAGAGUCCAGGACUACGCAGAGAGGCUCAAAGGGAUGGGGAAGAACGUGAAGUAUGUGGAGUACGAGGGAAAGCAACAUGGGUUCUUCACGAACGAUGCAUACUCGGAUGCUGGGAAUCAAGUCAUACAGGAAAUCAGAGAAUUCAUGCUCGAGAGCUCUAAAUAAUCGAUUAGGAGAGAAUAAUCAAUGAUGCUCAUAUUGAGAUUUGCAAAGAAAAGUGUGUGCAAUAUUAGGUAGAGGCUGUGGCCUGUAAUGUAGUCAUUUCGCCUCUAUGUUGGAGGGGUUUUUGCUUUUUCCUUUUCACUUGUCUCUUUGCAAGUUUUUCUUGCGGUUUGUAUAAUAGUAUAGGUGAUGGGUUAUGGAAAAAUCUGGCAAUUAAAGGAUCUCACAAAUGUAAUGCCCUGUUAUGCGAUAUUAAUAUAAUGUAAAAGGUGAGAAUUGUGAUGUAAA